AUGGUAAACUUCUUCACCAUGAAGAAUGUUUGUCACUUGAGUCGAUGCAUCCAUUUGGAGAAUCCUGAUUUCAUGAUUAUUACAAGGAUAAAGAACCGACAUGGAACCUCCUCAUUGUAUUGCAAAAAUCUCACCUACCCCGGACCGGACGCCAAAUGGUUCAACCAAACACCUUACUCUUUUCCAUUCACCGACCCGGUUCGAACCGGCCUUUUUCUUCAUUAUAUUAACCAUCCUUCGGCACCCACACCUCGUCAAGUUCCUAUUAACCCAUCAACCAUCCGAAAGGAGAAAGAAAAGGCACCAAAAAUUAUACCAAUGGCAAACAACGGUGAAAAAAACCAAACUGAAGCUGGAAGGCACCAAGAGGUUGGUCACAAGAGCCUUCUCCAGAGUGAUGCUCUUUACCAGUAUAUUCUGGAGACCAGUGUCUACCCAAGAGAACCUGAACCCAUGAAAGAAUUGAGAGAGUUGACUGCUAAGCACCCAUGGAACAUCAUGACUACCUCUGCAGACGAAGGACAAUUCUUGAACAUGCUUCUUAAGCUUAUCAAUGCCAAGAAUACCAUGGAGAUUGGUGUCUACACUGGGUAUUCACUGCUUGCCACCGCCCUCGCUCUUCCUGAAGAUGGAAAGAUCUUGGCCAUGGAUAUUAACAGGGAGAAUUACGAGCUGGGUUUGCCUGUCAUUAAAAAAGCUGGUGUUGACCACAAAAUUGAAUUCAGAGAAGGUCCUGCUCUUCCGGUUCUCGAUGAAAUGGUUAAAGAUGAGAAGAACCAUGGGAGCUAUGAUUUCAUCUUUGUGGAUGCGGACAAGGACAACUACCUCAAUUAUCACAAGAGGUUGAUUGAGCUUGUCAAAGUUGGAGGCUUGAUCGGGUACGACAACACCCUAUGGAACGGUUCUGUGGUGGCACCCCCUGAUGCUCCUCUCAGGAAGUAUGUUAGGUACUACAGAGACUUCGUGUUGGAGCUCAACAAGGCCUUGGCUGUGGACCCCAGAAUCGAAAUCUGCAUGCUUCCGGUUGGUGAUGGAAUCACUCUCUGCCGUCGGAUCAAGUGA